CAUCCUGAAAAACCUGUCUGGGGGCCCUUCCUGAGGCUACAGUGCCCAAGGGGGCAAGUUGGACUGGAUUCCCAGCAGCCCCUCCCACCCCAAGACAAAAUCAGCCACCCGGAGGCAGGACCUCAUUGGCCCCAGGAAGCCCCAGCCUGCCAGCACCUGUUCCAGGAUCCGGUUCCCAGCACGGAGCAGUAUGGCAUCCACACUGCCUGUUCAGACCUUGGCCUUGAUCCUGAUUCUACUGGCUGUCUUAGCUCCGGGGGCUGCAGACUUCAACAUCUCAAGCCUCUCUGGUGUGCUAUCUCCGGCGCUAACAGAAAGCCUGCUGGUUGCCUUGCCCCCAUGUCACCUCACGGGAGGAAAUGCCACACUGAUGGUCCGGAGAGCCAACGACAGCAAAGUGAUUAAAUCAAGCUUUGUGGUGCCUCCAUGCCGUGGGCGCAGGGAGCUCGUGAGCGUGGUGGACAGUGGAGCUGGCUUCACCGUCACACGGCUCAGCGCAUAUCAGGUGACAAACCUAACUCCAGGAACCAAAUACUACAUAUCCUACCGAGUCCGAAAGGGGGCAUCCACCGAAUCCAGUCCAGAGACCCCGAUGUCCACGCUUCCUCGGAAGAACAUGGAGUCUAUCGGGUUAGGAAUGGCAAGGACGGGAGGCAUGGUUGUCAUCACAGUGUUGCUGUCUGUCGCCAUGUUCCUGUUGGUGGUGGGCCUUAUCAUUGCCCUGGCACUGGGUGCCCGAAAAUGAGGUUUCUCCUGCAUCUAGGCUCCCCCAAGAAAUCCAGCUUAUCUGCUCUCAGGCUUCAGUCAGUGCCUCCCUGCCUCCCUCCACUGAGUCCUUUCCUAACCAUGUCCCUCUCUCUGCUCUGGGUAUCACCUUCCAACACUCCCUGCAGUCCCUCGUCGCAGU